CAAGUCAAAGAGAUCGGUGGGCGGGGUUGCUGGUAAGCUGGGGCUCUUAAACGAGGCGAAAUUGCGCGUUGGCUGCGCAGUGCUUGCGAGUCCUCCUUGUGCCGUUGCGAUGGCCGGUGUGUCGAGGUAUAGCCUGGGCGGCAUCAAGGCGCUCCCGCUGGGGGCUUCGCAGCCCAUUGAUCUGGGCUCGCUGCGGGGAAAGGUGUUGCUGGUUUCCAACGUGGCUUCGCUCUGAGGCACAACGAGCCGGGACUUCACUCAGUUCCGUGAACUGCAGCGGCGUUUCGGCUCUCAAGGUCUCACCGUCCUGGCUUUCCCCUCUAACCAGUUUGGACACCAGGAAAAUGCCACCAAUGACGAGAUCCUGAAUUCCCUGAAACAUGUCCGUCCUGGCAAUGGAUAUGAGCCCAACUUCCCCGUGUUUGAGAAGUGUGAAGUUAAUGGGGAAAAUGCUCAUCCUCUUUUCAAGCUCCUGAAAGAAUCCUUGCCUAUCCCACAUGAUGAUCCUGUGUCCCUGAUGACCGAUCCAAAGUUCAUAAUUUGGUCCCCUGUGUGCCGCAGUGACAUCGCAUGGAAUUUUGAAAAGUUCCUCAUUGGUCGUGAUGGGGUGCCUUUCAAACGUUACAGCAGAAAAUUUGAAACUAUCAAGAUGAAGGAUGACAUUGAAAAGCUCGAAGUCGUUUGGCAGAUCUAUCCUAGUCUAAUUUAG